AAUAACAAAGGUUAACAGCUAGGGAACCAAGUCUCGUUACGUCGGCACAUCAUGUGACCAAAAGGGGGCCGGGCGAGUAUGUAAUAAGAGGUUGGCCCACUGAGCUGUGUAUUAUACAGCUCAGUGGGUUGGCCGCGCAUUGGUGGAUUAGUAAUCAUUGUGCGUUGGAAGCGUAGUAAACGUAUUAGGAACAAAGAUUUUUUUCUCUCCUGUUCUUUUAUACCACUGGCAUGGAUCUUAACCCGAGUCCAAGUAACAGUAAGGCCAGUAGUCGUCCCAGGCCACCCCUCGGUCACCCGGCCUAACACCUCACCAUCCAAACGGGUAAGUAUGGUGAACGAUGGUGUUAACGUGGGGUUAAUACAGUGGGUUAAUACUGUAACAAACGAACUUAAUCCGAACCUUGACGACAACUUCCGAUGUUUGACCAGGAAUUAAAAAACAUGGAGUUUGCAAUGAGCAAAGAUGAAACAGUGAAGGUUCGAUUUAUUUAAUUUCUUAUAAGUUCAAAUGUUUUGUUUGACUUUUAUUUUGUAGUGUAGUAUUAACAGUUGCUUCUUCUAUUGCAUUUAGUCUCCAGCCUUGCUAAGAGUUGUGAAAAGUUUAACAUCAAGGUAUUUUCAAACCAAAUAACAGAGUGACAGUUCUGUACUUUUGCUACUUGUCCACGUUCUAAAUAUUGAAAUAUAUUAUAGUGAAGAGGAUAUUAAAGCAUGUCACAUGCUGCAUGUAAUUGUUAUAUUAUAUCAAGUUGCCUAUAUGGACAAUGUAGCUCUUACAUAUGAUCUUAUCUUUUUAUGUGUAUGUCAGUAAAUGUACGUACCAUGGUACCAGUCAAUUCCAACUGCGAUCACCCUCCCCCGGGCAAACCCCUGCGAAUUUUGACUUUUCGAAAACAUUUUGGUCAAAUUCCCCACUGCGGGCAAAAACCAUUGUCAAAUUUUCCAGGGUGCAGGCAAAAAUUUAAUGUGUAUAUUUGUAUGUGAAAGAACAUAUCAUUAAUGUAUGGAUCAAUUCCUGUGGUUAUCAUCCCCCUUCCACCGGGCAAUACCCUCGGGAUUUGUAUUUUUUUUGCAAGAAUGUAGUAAAUUCCCCACCCCCGGGACUUUAAAACUUGACAAUUCCCCACCUCGGGGCAUCGCUAAAAAACUAAAAAUAAGAAAUAUCAAUAAGCAGUUUAUAACACACAUUUUUAAUAUCCUUUGUAUAAACAUAUGUAAAAUUUGAAAAGUGUGUUUAUAUAUACUGAUUAAAUACUUGGUAUUAUAAACUAUAGUCACUAUAACACGAUUAUAUAAACAACUGCCAAACACAAGGUAGUCGCCAUUUUGAAAACUUUUGGACGUGCGCUCACUGAACUAUGUACAUGUCACUGGAUGUGCUAGCCGCUAGAUACGCGGUCAAAACAAUUCCCCACCCCCGGGAUUAAAGUUUCUGCAUUAUCCUGGGGGGGUUGCCUGGGGGGGGGGGUUGCCGGGUUGGUAACAACAAGAAUUGAUCCAUGCAUAAUCAUCACAAAUUAAUUCUAACAUGGACAAAGGUGAAAGUUUUUAAUAGAGAAGCCAUUGAAUUUAUGUCAUGUUGUUUUUUGUUGUUGCUUUUUUCACAGUUGUGUUUUUGAGACAAAUUCAGUAAAACAGGAAACAACAACAGCUUUUUUAACAUCCCUGCUCUUGUUUGACAGGCUUUGAACAAAGGCAUAAUUUCAAUGCUCAGCACUAUAUUGUAUGUGCAUACAUGAAUCUUGUCAUAUUGCCUUGUCACCCUUGUAUUAAGAAUCUGAGAAUUAAUAUGAAAUGUGUUUGUUAUUACACAUUGACUUAGCAUGCAAACUCACUAAAAGUAUUUUUGUGUUACCCAAAACUGACUAAACACUUGUAAUAGAUUAAGGUCUUUUUAUGGCAAAUCUUCCCAAAAUUGUUUGGGGGGGGGGGAGUGAAACAAUUUUUUUCAGACAUCCAUCUGUCAUUCACUUUUGAGUUCAUUACAUUUUUUGGUAAUGGUUAUGAGCAUUACUUUUUACUCACAGAUUCAUUAUUUUGCUGACAAAUUGAUUUCAGGGGGUGUCACCCCCCCCCCCCACACACACACCCUAGCGAUAGCCCCGAGUCAAACUGAAAUUUCUAUAUGCCUGUGAUAUUUGGCUCUUGUCAUCAGAAUUUACACAGGUAGGGCAUCAGGUCACACAGUUUCACACAUUUUCCUGGAUAUAGUGGUGAAAACAAAAGUGAAAGAGAUCUUGAGAAGAAACGUCUGGAAUAUGAAUUUAAUGAACAAGAUCAAAUACUUAACAAAUUGGUAGAAGGCAAGUGUUUAUGAAUAUCAUUUAUGUCAUAAGAUAGGUAUGUGUACAGAGAUUUUAUUUUUUAGUCCAAUUUGAUUUAUAGAAAGACAUGUAUCUUUGAAUUCCACUCUUCAGUCAUUUACUGGAAUAGCAUCAAGAAUAAAAGGUUAGUUAGUUAGUUAAUACCUGCACAGCAAUGUGUUACAUUUCCUACAUGAUUAUGCUUUCAGCACAGAUUAGUGUGUUCCUAUUAUUUGUAUUAAUCUGUUGUCUAAUAAUUAACACCAGAUAAUUAAUUUCUUUUAUGAUUUUAUUCAUACUUAACAGGAGAAGAGUCUAGCAGAUUAACAGAACAAAUCAUUGUCAUAAUGUAAAAUUUAAUGCCUUCACAGGCUUAAGUAUUGUUUUAAGUACAGCAAGGACAAGUAGAAAUGAAGCCAGUAUUCAAAGUUGGAUUGAAUUAUCAUAUUACCAUUAAAAUGUGUAAAGUUGCCAAGGCAGCUAGACAUCUUUGGAUCACUUGUUACUUGACAGAAUCCUCUAAGCUAAUGUGGCCAAGGCUCUCAAAUUAUUCUUUAAAUAUUGUUUAGUACAUAUAAUGUGGCACAAUAUUAGAAAAUGUUUCAUUCACUUGCUAGUUGUCUAACAUGGCUUUUGUAUACUCAUCUGUACAUGGAAGUCACUGUGGCACAUUAAGAUGUUAUCCUAAUGUACAAUUAUAUGUACUCUACAUAUGUAAUUGAUUUUCCAGAUUCCCGUGACAAAGUAAAGAAUUUAAAAGAAACUUUAAACAAUUGUAAGAACUUACUUCACUGCAAGAGAGAUGAUCUCAGAAAACACUGGAUUGAAAGCAUGGAACUCAAUGAUGUUCUUUUCCUGUUGGAUAAAAUGUAUGACAGGAAGAAGAUAUUUAAACCUACAAUUUCUUAAACUGCAUGUGGACAUACACAUUUUCUCUACGAAUUAAAUUCUGCAACUCUCAAACAUGUUUUCUUCCAUCUCACUGCACCACUUGCACACACUUCGGUUUUCUAGACAAUCCCAUUGCCAUUGGUGACCCUGUGUAGCCGUAGGUCAUACUAUAUACCAUCAGCGUGAUUUUAAGGAUGGCAAACAACUAAAGAAAGCAUAUUUUUCAAACAACUUAUAUUUUUCUGUGUUGGUGUAAUGUACUCAGAUGAAUAUGAUGCUUGUGAUGUUACUCUGAGUGUAUAUCCACACCGGGCAGGCUUGAAAAAUAUGCCUGACCACGGUGGGAAUCGAACCUAGGACCUUGGGAACACUAGCCCAAUGCUAGCAUUGGGCUACUACUGCGUCUGCCUUAUAGUGAUAAAGCAAGAAAACACACAAUAUAUUGAAACACAAGCUGCAGUACCUCUACUACCUCUAAACACAAUGAAAUGAAAUUUGUCCACUACUGCGUUCUAGUGAUAAAGCAAGAAAUGUUCCAGAGGAACUUCAGAAAUAUACUGAAUCAAAAUACUAUCUUCAUGCUACUAAACUUCUCGUACAAACAGGUAAUACCACAUACUGCCUAUGCCAGCGAAGGAAGGAAGCUGCAGAUUGAAAAGAAUUUGACUACCAGAAAAAUACCAAUGUCGAUUAGUUUUACUUGUAUUUUCAGCUAGUCGAAUCCAUUUCAACUACGCAGCUUUUUUAUGCUAAUUUCACGUACUUCAUAUUCGAAUUUUUUUACACUAUGGUUUUGGCAGAAAUUGCCUGAAAUUGUUUAAUUUUUCUCAUUAGUUGAAGUAUUAGACAAGAAUUUAAAAGGAGUGGAAGCUUUACGAGAACUAAGGGUGGACUUACAAACCCGGAAAGAGGUUUGUUUAUACAGUAUAUAGGAGUAUUUCCUAUCGCACACUCCACUGUACCUUCUUGUUAACCCUAGGCUAGCGCUGAUGCUGCUUACAGUACCGUAGGCAUGCAUCCUUCAUUAACGAACAACGCAAUAUUCUUUAAUUGCAGACACCAGAAAGCUGCGGAUCAAGAUGAGAAAUUCAAAUAACUAAAAAAAAUACAACUUCGACAUUUCGAGCCAAGGCCCUUCGUGGGGAGGUUAACACGAUAGCACUUGAGAGAAACGUCUUCUAGAUUGCUGUGUCAGUUCAAAACUACAUUAAUUUAUAUUCCUAACUGUUCCUGCACUACAGGAGGAAACUUUAUUACCUUGGAAAAUCCAGCGCUGUUUGAUAGAGUCAAACUGAAAGACGUCUUUUAGCAUGACUGUGAUUGAAGCGAAAUUAUAAUCACAAGCAUGUACCUGCUAGUUGCAAAGCCGAAACCCAAUCGCAGAGGCAAAAUUAAGCAAAAUAAUUCAAGCACCGGCUGACCGUUGUGCCAUCAGUACACAAACAAACACCGAGGUUUCUCACGACGUAAAAUACUAAAUAUUACCAGUUGUUGAAUAAAUGUAUGAUUUCAAUUACACAUCUAGAGAAUGCACGAACGUCUCCUUGAAGAAUUGAAUAGACAUCUUUACUUGGAGUCGUCAAAAACCACACAGCUGAAAUCUUUGGGUCUUAAAGGUAAACUUUAAUUUCUCAAAGUUAUCGCACCAGUCACGACGUUUUUGUACACUUACAUCUUUGCCAUAAUACUUGGGGAGAUAAAAUAAUAUAGUAACUUAGAAAUGAAUUUAAGAUUUUACUGUAUCACCUAUAGGGGCGUUUUCACCAAAACGAGACGAUAAAGGUAGGUCAUACAACGUAUCAGAGAUUCAGAGGUUCAGAUUUGACCACCCCUAUACCGCUAUCAUUAACCAAUCAGAUGCGUUUGUUAUAUCCAAUUGACCAAUCAGAUGCGUUUGUUAUAUCCAAUUGACCAAUCAGAUGCGUUUGUUAUAUCCAAUUAACCAAUCAGAUGCGUUUGUUAUAUCCAAUUGACCAAUCAGAUGGGUACUAAGCCAGUGAGAGGUAAUGGACGUCAAAAUCUGAACGUCUUGAAUGCAUGUAAUCAGUAAGACCUAAUACUCAUUGUUUUAUAAUUCUUCUUUCAUUUUGUUUUACACUUUCGAGAGUAAGUCCCUUUUUUCUUCAGAUCAAAGUAUUUUAAGUGUUGAAAGUAUUCCUGUCUCAGAGUCACCUGGUGGAGAAUUUAAACGUACUCACAGGAUCACUGCAUCAAGUAAAUAAAUAUAAAUGUAUAAGUGGGUGUUAUCAGUACUUUAUAAAACGUCAUGACCGUUUUGCUAUCCUGAUCUCUGUCUGUAAAAUUUUAAAGGAAACCAGAUUAUGGAAGAAACAUUAGCGGCAGAAAACUCUGAGGACAAAGAGGAGGUAUAAAAAUUGUUAGUCUAAGAACAAAAUUUUCAAGUGAAAAUUGUAUGAAAAAAUGCAGUAAUUUUUUAACAUUACAUAACCAGUUACCAGUACAGUAAGUUUUAAAGGUCUUCUCUCAGGGAUCGAAUUUAAAGUCUACAUAAAUUUUCAUUACAUACAGUACGUGCUUAAUAGUAGCCCUGACUGUGUACAAAUUGUUGUCAAUGUUUAACAAUAACUUUAUGAAGUCCUUCACUUUAAUCCAGAAUUUUACAGUGUCCAUUUCAUGCGCAUCUUAGUUCAACGUCUUUCUUUAUUACGAAAAUUCGGUUCAGGCGUGUACCUGUACCUGUACCUGUACCUGUAUAGUGUAUAUGUCUAAUUUAUUGUCUUGUGUAUUUUACAGCUCAUAAAUGAAGACCUCCACAUCAAUCCUGAAUCUGACAGUGCUCACUUCAUGACGAUCUUAGUUCAAUGUUUGGCUUUAUUGGAGAAAGUUCCAGAAGCGACUGAGGUCUUAAAGAAACGUUAAUCUUUUUUAGACAAAUAUCUUCAGGAUGGUUGGGUUACAUUAUAUUCACUUAUAUUUAGGAAUUGAAGAAUUGUAUGAAACGAGAAAUGACUGGUAUUGUUCAUCGGGCAACAACAGAAGUCAAAGAAAGGUAGAGUAAUUUUUAUAUUUUUAUUUUAUUUUGAAAAUGAUUUGUGUGAAAUUGAAACUUUAACAUGAUCGUGUAACUGUGGGUUUGUCAAACAAACCAGACGUAGUAUUGUAUGUGGGGUGCCCUGGAGCAUGCGCAGAACAGCACGUUCACCACAAGCGCAAAUACAUUUUUACACUACAUACAAGACUUAUGAUUCCGAUUUCCGAACAAACUAACAGACAUUAAACUCACCACCGAAUAUAAAGCGAUGGCUACAUUCGUUUGGGUAAUUGGGCACCGUCGUUAAGGUGCCUGUUAGUUGGCCUGUAGUACCCUCUUGAAACAUGCAAUAUGCUUAGUGAUGUUUUAUUUCUUAGGAUUGGCAAUAGAGAAGAAAUGAAAUCUAAACUGGUACGACAAUGUUGAAUUUUGCUAUACUGUUUAAUGAACGAACUAUCGAGCCAUGGGUUUCGAACAAUAUUUUGUCUACACUUGAACAUGUUGAGUACUACGAGAUUAUGUAACGUCAUACAUGUAUACUGGAUAGCUCUAUAAUCAGUUUUAAAAUCUUCCCUUAGAGAUUCAGUUAAGAGACAUCUAUGGCUGAAUUGCAGGAACCUAAUUCCGCUGUCCAAGCUAAAUGCUGCAUCAACCACUGCACCAUUAUCACCAGUGUCUAUGACGACAUACUGUAGCUACGUAUAUUAAGGGAAACCUUUUUCCACUUUUCCAGAAUGUUCUCUUAAAAUUAUUGGAAGUUAUAUUUGAAAAGUUCAAAGGUGUUGCAAGGGCACAUGAGGUUGUUCUUAAAGCUUUACAACGUGUUACUGCCGAGGUAAGCUCAUAAUUCAGCGUUGAAAAUAUUAGUAGUUCUGCAAUCAAUAAUAUAAAAAAAUGGGAUACAAAUCCAGACUGGUUUUUUAACGGUACGUAUGACUACAUAUGGUAUAUUAACCUACACAUGCUCCUCUUUUAAGAAGAGUUAUUUACUGUAAGCUUCUCGUGAGUGUGCUGUGCUGAGUGGUUAUAUUACUACCUUAAAAAAUAAGCAGAAACUCAACGUUUCGAGCGAAGGCCCUUCGUCAAAAUUUAGUAGCUACUAACUCUUGACGAAGGGCCUUCGCUCGAAACGUUGAGUUUCUGCUUAUUUUUUAAGGUAGUAAUAUAACCACUCAGCACAGCAUUUUCACAUUGGUACUACCCACACUGGUACAGACAGUUUUAGUAUACAUUCUCGUGAGUAUAUACUCUUUCCCGGGCGAUGCGCAAGUUGAAUAAAUAAUACUGUAGCUUAUGAAGGGGUUAGACUGUGGCAGACCAGUGUUCCAUCCAUGCAGGCGAAUUUAUUUGCUCUCAUCCACUUAGCACAACAAAACAGCAAUCGGGGAUAAGCACGGUGAUCGCGAAAUGACUUCUGCCAUUUUUAAUGUUUGUUUACUGCUGUGCUAUAUUUCAGCAAGAAGCAAAGACGAUGGCAGUUGAAGAACUCAGUGAAAGUACAGAUGAUAGCGAUGAAGAAGAUGACAGUGAAACAGAAACGAAUGAAACAUCAUCACCAAAAGAAACGAAUGAAACAACAUCACCAAAAGAAAGCAAAGAAGUAGCAGGUGAAGAAAUUUCAAUCAUAACUCGCACAACCUGACUAUGCACGGCUUCUCAUAAUAAAAAGUGUGUGAGAGUUUUGUAACUAAACAUAAAAAUGCUUAUUUUAGUACACCCACCCAUUAAAAGUAACCAGGGACGGCAGAAUAAAGCUCCCAGAAGUAGAAGUUGGAGGCUUAAGCCCCCCCCCCCCCCAGAAUUGAAUAUGAGGGUGUUAAACGUUUUGCCUGAAAUGAAAUAUGAACAAAAUGCGAUGGUUUCUGCGCGUCAAAUGUUCCCCAUUUGAAAAUGUCCGAAACUUUGUGCCCCUGAAGUUUGCCUUGCCCUCCCCAACCAAACCAAUCUUCCACCUACAGUACGUAUUAUCGAAUUUGAGGAGUUCACCUUGUUUGACUAUUUAUUAAUAAACACUUUCAGAAUCAACUAAGCUCUACACAAUGGAGGAUGUUUGGUCGGAAAUUCAGUUCACAGUAAGUUAUUAGCGAGGUUCAGGUUUCACUUCCACUACCUCUCACUGACUUAGUAAGCAUCUGAUUGGUUAAUCCGAUAUAUCAAACGCAUCUGAUUGGUUAAUCCGACAUAUCAAACGCAUCCGAUUGGUUAAUGGUAUAGUGGUAGCGGAAGUCAAAUUUGAACCUCUCUACUAAAUCUGUGCCAUAGAAUCCUGAAAAUACUGUAGUGUCAAAUUUUAAAGGUUGAAAACAUUUCUGAAUGUGGUGCGACAACCCUCGUAUAAGUAGCGAGCCUUCGUUACUUUAAAGUUGGAGCAUUUUAGAAUGUAAAUUUUCUGAUCAUAAUUUCACUUCGGUCGUAUAUACGAGUAGAGUGCUUCCAGUUUGACGUAGCCGGCAGUUUAUUGGGGAGCCAGGCUACUCAAGGUGAAGUUCCAAGGCUUCCCAAUGCAAAUAAACGCCUGCCUCCUCGCAGCCGAAGUUUCUACAUAGCCUACCAAUACUACAUACCUGAGAAUUCUGGUUUCCUAGAACUGUAGGAACGUUUGACCAAUACUCUCUGAGAGAGGGCCUACUGUAUACUGGACCUCUGUGAACAACAUUAUGGAAGUGAUAAAGCUUAUCUUUUUACUAGAUUCAAGUUCUGCUGAGUGAUUAUCUUGACAUACAGAACGUGCAAUCGCCCCACCAUCCAACUCCUGCCUCAUUCUCAGAAUCUGACAUGUAGGUGAAUGUUUAAGAAAGUUUUAGAAUAAAGACUGGUACGGAUUGAGCGACAUACAAUUAUCUGGAACUAUAAGCCGAAUUUCGACGCCUCGAGCGAAGCCGUACGUCACUAACUUUCCGACGAAAAGCCUUCUCUCGAAACGUCGAAUUUCUCCUUGUAUUUUUCAGGAAGUUGUAUCCCUCUCAAUCCACAACUGUCUGGUUAUCGUCGCUACCUACACUCGCUGUGAGGCCUGUCUGAAAUAUUUGACCAGAUAACGUAUUACUGCUGCAUUUUGUAUAUACUGUAACGUAUUGUAUAUAACAUCUAAUUAGCGUCUUGUUUCUUCUCAGGGAUAUUUCCUCGUUCUUCUCUCUGAAGAAAAAAGGCGCAGCACCACCAAGAAAGGUAUUGACAAACAUACUGUGCUGAGUGGUUAUAUUACUACCUUAAAAAAUAAGCAGAAACUCGACGUUUCGAGCGAAGGCCUUCAUUUUCACAUUGGUACUACCAACACUGGUACAGACAGUUUUAGUAUAUAUAUUGACAAACAUAACAUUACAUGAAUCACGGGUCUUUAAUGUAUUUUGAAAUAAUACUGUAUGCUUUGUAGUACACUUUAUAAUAUUUAUAUAAGAUAUUUGAGCACGAGCCCAAGGCGAGUGGUAUAUUUGUGCUUGUGAUUCGUGUAUACUUACCGCGAAAAUUUAUCGUGUAUUUAAUGUUGUAGAUUCCAUUAUUUCGGUUUGAGGGUUCGUCAUCAUCUCUAAGUAUGAACACGUACAUCAGAGAGAAAAGACAAGAGGCAGCCUCGCCAGUAAGUAAAGUCCUUGAUAGACUAGUGUUUAUCGUCCUGUGCAGUAGAUUCAUUUAGAUUGCUCUGAAGAUGUUCUAUUGUAAACAACGUAACGUUAGCUAUUAAAAUUUUUACUUUUAUUAUGUUUAGUAUUAAAGUUAUUUGCUGGACUCUGCUUUUUAUCUUUAAAUCCAAAACCCUUCGAUAUAUAAUGUAAAAUUUUUAAAAGAUUAUAUUUGAAAGAUCAGUCAAGUAAUUGUAAGAUAUUUGUUUUUAUUUAGUUCAGUAUGAGCGAGGAGGAUCCUUAUGGCAGUCAGAUGUAUAAAACCAGACCAGAGUUACUUUGUCCACCAAGCAUGAAAAACAUCACAGGUAUGGUGGUAUGGCAUGUUUGCAACCAGACGAAUUUAGUCGUUCAAAGCAACUGCGUCAAAUUAUGCGAAAACGAAGUGUCAAUACGCCCUUUGCAGAAUAAUAAAAUUGAAUAAAAUGAAGUCAAAACAGUAGCAUGUAGCUCAGUACAAAAGAAAAACUAAUACCCUAUACAGUAUUAGCCUCUUCUGUAGACAUCUCAUUGGGUCACCGUGCCUGGGUUGACUCAAUGCAGUGCUUUUCAGAGGUCAAAAGAUGCAAUAAUUUUGCUUACUUUAUGUAGUCAUUUUUCGUCCAGUGAUGAAAUUCGUUGUGACUGUUGAAUCUUCAAUAAAUUACGAACCAAAGUAAGUAUGGUAAUGGAAUGUCAAUGUAGUAAUAUAUCUUGAGUGUAGGUAAUAUGUACAGAUAGAAGCACACAAAUACGUUUUAAUUGAUUAGCAAACAAACUGAUUUGUUUCAUCGAUAAAAGUUUGAACUAGUUGAAACAAGGAACUGUUAUAAAAGAAUUGCUCGGACUUUUUUCUUAUUAAUCCGGCGGUAGAGCUAGAACCUCGGCUAUAGAACCUCGUUUUCACUUUGGUGUUUAACUAAUGUUUAACGAGGCUCCAGCGAAAGGGACGUACUUUCUGGAAGGGUGUAUACAGAAGACAGUGUUCAGCAGCAGCCUCUUCCCCAGGCGCUUUGAUUUGCUGCGCCGUUAACCCGCGCGUCUGAGUUGGAGCCUGGGGACGGGGCUGGUUCAGCAGAUAAGAAUUUAAAGUGUAGUCAUGUGUAUUUUGUUUAGAAUGCGAUGCAUUUUGUACCAGUUCAUCACAGAUUACGUGAAGGAUGUCUAUGUCGGGGAGAAACAAUACGAAAUUAAUCAACAGAUUGAUUCAGUCACGAAAGGUACGCUAUAUCUAAUACACCGUUUCGAUAAUUACGACAUUUUACCUGGGAGCCUCGCUCUCAUGAACUGUGAGCCAAUCACCUUGCAUUUACUAAUGAGAGGGAGGCUCAAUUUACUAAUGAGAGCGAGGCUCCAAGACCAAAGAGUACAUCCCCACCUGAAUUUGAAAUUUGACCAAAAAGUAUGUAUGACGUAAUUAUCGAUUAAAAAAGUAUCAAAUCGUUAAAUUUUGUUGUAUUUUACAAAAGGCAAUGAUGGUUUUAAGACCCUUGUCUCGGCAUCCGUGACAAAAAAACUCGAAGCAGAUCGACCAUUACUGAAGGUAAACUUUGAUUUCUAAAUUGUACCACUCUCAUUGGAAUGAAUUACAUCGAAUGAAUUGUAUGUACAGCUAUUGAAUAUACAACACAGAAUGUGCAUUUCAAGAUCGCUAACUACAUUGUGAACCGUUGUAACAUUGGUCAAGAAUUCCAAUCGUUUGUUCCCUUUCUUGUUAGAGUACAGUACUUGUUGAGGAAAUGAUUCAAGAUUUGAAAGGUUUAAUGCAGUCAUUGCCGCUGUAUGCUUCCAAGUUUAUGGAGAUGAUUUGUGCAAUCCUUAACAACUAUAAAGAAACAUGCUAUGCCGCAUAUAAAAGUAAGGUUACAUUUACCUUGUCGUAUACUAGAGGGUUAUUGAUUAGGUCGGGAUUUAGCUGUUUUUCCGUCAAGUUUGCUUUCCCCCACACGGGACAAGUAAUCUAAAUCAAUCGCGCGUUCGCGACAAGAAAGUUUAACGUAGUUCAACUUUUAUUGCCUGUCUGUGAGCACCAAAAUUACCACGCUAUACCCCUAGAGUAAAUGUUCGGUAUACGAUUGUCCCGCACAGACAAAGCAGCAAUAAUUACGUAAUGGAAACGACCUUGUACUUGUACGGUCAAUUCACAGUGAGUUGAGUGAGUUGGAAAACGAGUUUAAGACGAGAUUUGAUUUCUCUUCGAUCAUGUAAACUGGCUGUGGUCGCUAUGAAGGAAAGAGAGAUUGAUUCAUAUUUCAUUCUUUUACAGCUAUUGUUAAAGUAACUCAAAGUAAUUCUGUCUCUCCAAUCAUCAGUGCUACCUGGGCCAAAGAUGACGACAUUAGCCGCUUACUAAGGUAAAGCACAGAUGCGUGCAUGUAGAGAACAUUUUAGAUAACUUGUUUCGCGGGCGAUUAAAUGCAGAGAGUGUAGACAUUUAUGGAUACAGUAUAUAUUUAUAUAUUGUUAGUUAGUACUGUAGAUAUGACUGUCACGUGUGCAGCCGGGGUUUGAAUCUUGCAAAAUGCAUAUUUCUUGUUAGAAGAGUGCAGUACUUCUAUUUGACUUUGCUAAACAUUGGAUAUUCUUGUCGUAACAUUGGACUGACGAGGGAUGGUCCCUAAAUGGAGCUCCAGGGAGAAGACUUUAGACAGAAAAGAUAGAGCUAUCCAGUAUAAGUAAAGAUAGUUUAGUUUUCAUCACGACCCUGUAGCCCACUGAAGAUAAAUAGAUAAACAAUCUUGUUCCCCUAGAUCUUUACCAAACUGGACAAAUCUUCAUGGACACACGAAACAUCGGAAAAAGGUUGGUGUAAAAGUAAAUUUUAGUGUGCUUGGUACGAUCUUACUAUUUCACUCAAUCAGUUGCAACGUCGGAAGAUGUCAACUAAAGUCUUCUUUCGCAGUGAAAGAGUUAAAUUGCAGUACUUCGCAUACAGCUUUGACUUUUAUUAUGCAUUGCCAUAUAUUGGAAACAUACUAAUUGUCAUUUCUCUUGAAGGAAAUCGAAGAAAAUUCUGAAGCAAUUCGUAUGAGAAACGAGAGGGUCAGUGAAAGUCAAUAUUUAUUUAAAUAGUAUUCUUUGGUCGUGUACAGUAUAUUCAAUUCGGAUUCGUGGAUUUUAGUUCAAGUUAUUUAAUUAGGUUAUAUUUAAUAUUUAGUAGACACUUCUCGAAUAUGCUGUCGUGCACACGAAACAAAGUUUGUACUCAAGCCCGACAAGAUGAUCAUAUUUAGGUUAUACAGUAGUAAGUCAUUGCCAACUUUGACCUCGUGCCGUUGCCUCGUGCGCAUUAAAUCAAACUCAGGAAAUAUACAGUAUUGUGAUUUGCGAACUUCAAUAUUUUUUUUGUUAUAAUCGUUUUUACGGUUUACAUUUCAAUUAUUUCAUAGGAAUCAGAAUUGUUGAUAAAUAACCUUGGUGAAACCGUAAUAAAAAAGAAUGAAGUUAUCCUCAAUUCUGCAGAUCUUAAGACCUUGGCCAAUCUGCAAGAGAGCACGGUCUGUAUGCUACAUAUCGUUAUAAUGAUAUUCACAGUUGAACAGCAUUUUACGUAUUCUUUAUAUUUUAAUUGAUUUGUUUAGGAAUGGUUGACAGGUCGUAUAAAAUCAUUCGCCAGUAGUUUGAGUGCUGAAACGACAGGGAUAAAUGUCCUGUCGCCUGGAUCACAUGAGAAAUUGAAAGUGGUAAGCGGAAUGAAUCCAGCUUGAUAUGACACCGUGCAUAGGCGGACGCUAAGGAGGCUCAAGACCCCGGAUCCCCUAGAAUUCGUUUAGCCCCCCGAACCAAACCAAUCCUCCACCGUCUAUGGUGGGGUGGGAUGAGGGCUUUGUAGGUAGGUGGGCCGGCGUUAGGAUGCAUCAUUAUUCAGACAACUACUGCAUGCGCUGUUCAGUCACUGCUGAAAAAGUAUUCUGAGUAAAUCUGUUUCGCCACAGAUAAACAAUUAUACUUCAAAAGAUUCUGGCCAAGAAGGCAAUAAGUAACCAAAACGAUAAAAACUCAACGAUUUUGUGAUAGUUCUUACAAAUCACUUUUAUCAAAAUUUUAUAUUUCUAAAAUAGUUUUUGUUUACUAUAGCAAGACAUCCCUCCAAUAUCUGAAGAUAUGCUAAGGUAACUGCAUAAUUAAUGCUGUAAAAUGUUAAAUAAAUUACUAGCAUGUGAUGAUGAAACUUUAUGCAUUUUUUAUUUUUUUAGAAUUUUGAAUAAUCUUGGGCAAGAUUUUCAAAACCUUGCUGAAAUGUGUCUUUUGGUCUUGCAUUUGGAAAUUCGCUGCCAUUGCUUUUAUUAUUUACUGCAGGCUUUAAGACAGGUACUCAGUGUCUUAUUCUGGCAACAUCCUAUAGUUUCGUGUACGAUUUUUCUUUGGUCACCAAUCACAACCUAUAUCUUCAUUACCUCCAUACGUUUGAUAUUGUUUCUUUAGACGAGUUACGUGUGUAGCGUGGAGUCUGUUGACGCAGACACAUUGGUUAUUCAAAUGAAUAAAGAUUUGAUAGCAUUGGAAGAUAUUGUAGCGACCAGUUUAGCCCCACACAAGUUUAAGUAAGUACUUGUGAAUACGUCUGUUCACAUAGCGUGUUGCUGUUCACUACACAACACGAUGUGGUACAGCAUAAUAAAGAAACAUGAGUACAGUAUAGUACUGUAUAUAGUACAGUAAAGUAAAGUACAGUACAGUACAGUACAACAACAACAACAACAACAACAUUUUAUUUUGUGUCUAUAUAAAUUUACAUUUUUUUACAGUUUUAUCACACUCAACAGAAAGAUAAUUGCAAGACACCGGUUGCUUAAAUAACCAUAAUGGGCUAACUUAAUAAGCAACCGUACAGUACAGUACAGUACAGUACAGUACAGUACAGUACAGUACAGUACAGUGCAGUGAAGUGCAGUACAGUGCAGUGCAGUGCAGUACAGUACAGUACAGUACAGUACAGUACAGUACAGUACAGUACAGUACAGUACAGUACAGUACAGUACACACAGAUACAUUUAUUUUCAGAUACAUGUUUGAAGGUCUUGGUCAUAUGAUGUCUUCACUGAUCAUUUCUGCUGCACCAAACAUCAAGAAAAUUAAUUCAAAUGGCGUAAAGAAAAUGUAAGUAAUCCUUCUUAGGGUCUGUCUAUAUGACCGAGUGAGAACGAAGCUGUUCUGACCUCCUCCAAUGGACCAGUUGCAUUAUAGACUAAAUUUUGAUCAUCACAAAAUGCAUCACAAAAUUAGUAAUAUUCAUCACAAAGAGCAUCACAAAAUUAGUAAUAUUCCAAAGUUUCGUUGAAAGAGCAUCACAAAAUUAGUAAUAUUCCAAAGUUUCGUUGCGAAAUGUUGUAAAAUGCGGAUAAUAUAGCCUUGCGAACUUUGCAAUUUUCAGUCAUUUUGUAUUACAAACGGGAAAUUGAUGCCGCAACACCCGAUUGGGCUGUCAAUUUCCCGUUUGUAAUACAAAAUGACUGAAAAACGGCAAAGUUCGCAAGGCUAUAUUAUCCGCAUUUUACAACAUUUCGCAACGAAACUUUGGAAUAUUACUAAUUUUGUGAUGCUCUUUCAAGCUGUGAUGAAAUUUUUGUCUAGAUCAAAAUUUAGUCUAUAAUGCAAAUGGUCCAUUGGAUGAAGAUUUUCUAAAGAACCAAAGCAAUUGUUGUAGAAGGCAGUUUUGUAGAAGGAAAUUCCGAGUGUAAAUUUUAUACAUUUCUUUGAUUCCUGAGAGCUUAUAUCUGCAUGUUAUCCAACUGCCCAUUCAGACAAAGGAUAUUUUUAAAACGACAGUUUUAAUACCCAUUCUAUUUUUAUCAAGGUCUCGAAAUAUUUUUGCCAUUCAACAAAAUCUUCUCAAUAUCACGCAAUCUCGAGAACCUGAUCUGGAUAAAGCUCGAUUGUAUUAUGACUUGCUGUACAAAAUUCCUGGGGUAAGUAGUCGAAAAUUUUUUUCUUAAGUAUGAUUUUUGUUGCGAUAAUCUAGAAUUCUUUUUUGCUGAUGUUACUCUGAGUGUCUCCACACCAGGUAAGCAAAAAAUUGCUUGACCGCCGUGGAAAUCGAACCCGCGACCUUUGAUUGCUAUAGUCGAACGCUCUACCAACUGAGCUACUGUAUGAGAUCAAAUCGGUUGAAAUAGGUGAUGUUUCCCAACCCAAUCUUAUAGUUACUUCGAUAUUUGGAUAUCUUGUCACCGCAAGUCGCGGGUUCGAUUCCCACCACAGUCAAGCUAUUUUUCAGUUUGCACGGUGUGGAGAGUGGAGACAUGCCCUAAAAGAGUAACAUCGGCAGCAAAUGUAUUACUAAGCACCUGAAUUCAACACCACAACCGCAAGAAUCUAGAAUUGAAUGCCCAUUUUGGGGAAACCGUUGUUUCGCUUCAUUGUUCCCUAUCAUGUGCUCGGGUUUUAGUUUAAAAGUAUUGUUGAGUCUGACUAUUGUUUUACAGGACUUUUUGGUUGUGUUGGUUGAACAGGGCGCUAAAUACACGGAUAUUGAGUACGAAAAUAUCCUCAAUUUGUACGCACGAAGCCAGGCUGUCAUCGAUAAGGAAGCCAAUAAACAGAGACUUGCAAAGUUAAAGGAAAUUUUAAAAGAACUAAGAAUCAAUCAACAAACUACAGUUUGAACUAACAGAAUCUAGAUGAAAACAAUGUGAUGUAACGCAAGGUUAGUUAACGUAGAGCUACGUCUCAUCCUGGAGAUUGCUAGUCUGCAGAACUGGGUUCACUUGGAGGAAUAUUAGUGAUUCUACAGGUACCGAUGGAUGUUUUUCACUCGCAUAGUUGUAUUGGUGAAACUAAAGAUUGGCUAUUUUUUUAUGAUUAAACAUUUUGUUGAUUUUGCUGUAAAGCAUUGAGCAAACCAGAGCAAUCGUUCCUGAAACAUGUUUUCCGAAAGUUGGCAAACCGCGAAAUAUUUUUUCGCACUUUGGAAACAAAUGAUGUUGUUGAAUUUAUUGGGAAACACUUCUGCUUCAUAGGAAGCAAGCAGUUUUUCCCACAUUGAUGUUUCCAAGUGUGGGUAAUGAGAAAUUAUUCGUGGAAACAUCGAAAUGUUCAAAUGUUUCAGUUUGUUUCCACAAAAAUGUUUCCAAGUUUGUCCUAGUCUUAAAUUUAGAAAACAUUCCUGAACAUGAUAACUGGUGCUUCACUAUAAUGAAUGUUUUAUUUGUUUUGACCAGUAUGACCCGCCUAUCAGUCAUGUAGGCAGUGAAACUCCCUAUGUUUGCAAUAUAGUUUCGGAAUGGUAAUUGAUAUAUAUGAUAUGAAGGGAAACUUGCUCGUUUAAAAUAAGUUAUAUAUUGGACAAUCGAAGCCAGAAAAAUUAAAUUUAUAGAGAGAGAUUUGAUGAUAUCUAUAAUGACAAUAUUUAAAACUUUAUAUGCUGAACUGAAAUAAUGGUUUUGGCGAAAUGAAUAGUGUAUUUUAGAUACAAUUGGAAAAAAUUUGAAGAAUUUUAAAAAUAUGAAAACGUGUGGAACACGUCUUAAAAAAAACAUGGUUCUGUCAUAGAAUUAUAUUGACUAUUGGUAUGACCUUUGUCACUGAAAUAUUCCAUGCACGUAGGAAGAAAAGAGAGAAAACUCUUCACUGGUUUAAUAAACUAAAAUGAUUUAAGAC